CUCUCUGACUGUGUAUGUGUGAGUUUGUGUGUGUGUAUGUGUGUGUGUACUGGCAGCAGUAGGCUGGUAUCCCAGACCUAGACAGUCACUGACUCCUCUCUUCUCUCUCACCUUCUGUUUUUCUUUCCCUCAAUCUUCCUCUCUCCUCCUCUCUACUCUUGCUGCCUAAGGAAUCAUCCGGACUGCUCUGUAUUCAGGCGCAUUGUGUCCUUGCCUCUGGGGUGUGUUUGACUAGCGUGGGGUGGUGAAUGUGGACAGGGCUGGUGCUGCUGUCUCCUCAUGCUGCGUGUGUUUAUCCUUUGUGCCCAGAAUGUGCUGACGCACGAUGAGGACAUCACAGAUGCCUACUGCUGUGUCACAUAUGAAGGGUCUAAGAAGAAAACCAAAGUGGUUAAAAACAAUGUCAACCCUGUCUGGAAUGAGGGUUUUGAAUGGGACCUAAAAGGAAUACCCUUAGACUCAGCAGCAGAGCUGCAUGUGGUUGUUAAGGACCAUGAAAAAAUGGGAAGAAACAGGUUUCUGGGAGAAUGUCGGGUGUCUUUAAGAGAUGUACUCAACUCCCCAAACCUAGCAGCUACCUUCACUGUAUCCUUAGUGGACGCCAAGAGGAAUAAUACUGGGGCCACAGUGACUCUGCAGGUUUCCUACAUCCCUCCGCCAGGCAUGGCUCCAAUCUUUCUGCCCCCACCACAGCCAGAAACUCCACACAAUACUGUAGAGCUGGACACUGUCACAGUGUUCUCGUUGGACACUAUGGGAGACGACGACACAGAGAGCAUGCUCAUGGUAGAGGUUGCAGAGGAGCCGGAACCUGUUCCAGGACCACAAGGCCAGGACAUUGGGGCCCCUCAUACACCACCAAAAAAAGCUCCUCCAAUAUUUACACAUGGCAUGAAGAAAAAGAAACAGCAAAGCAACAAAGCCCCGCUUUCAAACAAACCCCAGGAUCUCCAGGUGCGGGUGCGAGUCAUUGAGGGAAGGCAACUGCCUGGCAUCAAUAUUAAACCAGUUGUCAAAGUAACUGUGGGAGGCCAGACAAAAAGAACAUGCAUCAAGAAAGGCAACAAUCCAUUCUUUGAUGAGACUUUCUUCCUGAACUUCUUCGAGACACCAUCGGAUCUCUUUGAUGAGCCCAUAUUUUUAACAGUAUUUGACUCCAAGUCACUUCGGACAGACUCUGUCAUUGGAGAAUUUAAGAUGGAUGUUGGCAUGGUGUAUAACGAACACAGACAUGCUAUUCUUAGGAAGUGGCUGUUGCUGGCUGAUCCUGAUGAUCUUUGUGCUGGGGCCAGAGGGUAUCUAAAGGUCAGCCUUAUAGUCCUGGCUGCAGGUGACGAGCCACCGACUGAAAAAGAGGGAGUUCAGGAAAGGGAGGACAUUGAGGCAAACCUGCUGAGACCAGCAGGUCUCACACUCAGAGGAGCCACCUUCACUCUUAAAGUAUACAGAUCAGAGGACUUGCCUCAGAUGGAUGAUGCCUUUAUGGAUGGCAUGAAGCAAUUUCUGGGUUUUGAGUCAAACCGAAAAAACCUGGUGGAUCCAUUAGUGGAAGUCAACUUUGCUGGCAAAACGAUGUGCAGUAAGAUAGUGGAGAAGAACGCCAACCCACAGUGGAACCAAAGUCUUACUCUCCCUAUCAGAUUUCCAUCUAUGUGUGAGAAGAUGAGGAUACGCAUGUUAGAUUGGGAUCGAGCAAGCCACAAUGAUGUCAUCGGCACCACACAUCUGAGUAUGUCAAAGAUAUCUGCUCCGGGCGGAGAAAUAGAAGAUGACUUGCCCCCCAGGACCUUCCAAAAUGCCAUUGAUGAUAGCUUGGGCUUCCUGCCGACAUUCGGCCCCUGUUUUGUGAAUAUGUACGGAAGUCUUCGAGAGUUCACUGCCUUCUCUGACCCAUAUGAGUCUCUGAACCUUGGCAAGGGUGAAGGUGUAGCGUAUCGUGGCCGUGUGCUCUUGGAACUCACCACUAAGCUGUGUGAACGAGUGGAACAGAAAGUGGAAGACAUUUCCCCAGAUGACCUUAUGGUGGUAGAGAAAUUUAUGCGGAAGAGAAAGUUCUCUCUGUUCGCGGCUUUUUACUCGGCCACCCUUCUUCAGGAUGUGGAUGACGCCAUCCAGUUUGAGGUCAGCAUCGGCAACUAUGGAAACAGGUUUGACUACACCUGCUUGCCUCUGGCCUCCACAACGCAGUAUAGCCGAGCUGUGUUUGAUGGUUGCCACUACUAUUACCUGCCCUGGGGGAAUGUGAAGCCUGUGGUGGUGCUGUCUUCAGAGUGGGAAGACAUCAGCCCUCGAAUAGAGGCCCUUAACAUGCUACUGUUGAUCACAGAACGUCUGGAAUCAAACCUGAAACUUGUACAAUUGGAGCUCCAAUCAGGUGGUGAUCAGGACAAACUGGAAGAGAGGGUGGUUAAACUACUCGAUGAUCUCAUCUCUGACUGCAGUGAAGAGCUGCCUGAGUUGGAUGGAUGGCCAUGUGUGACUCCUCUGGAUAAAGCUCUGCGGCGUUUGCGUAAGGUGAACUUGAAGCAGAUCGUGCAGGCUGCUUUAGCACUGAAACAUGGCCAAGAGACGGAGUUGAGCACAGUGCUGGAGCAGGCUGAGGACUGGGCCAUGAGACUGCACUCACUCGCCGAGGAGCCCCAGAACAGUAUGCCUGACAUAGUAAUCUGGAUGCUUCAAGGAGACAAAAGAGUGGCAUAUCACAGAAUCCCAGUCCAUGAGGUGCUCUUCUCUCAGGGAUACUGUGGUAAACACUGUGGCCAACUGCAAACUAUAUUCAUGAAGUAUCCUCAGGGUGGUAGUGAGGACUGUAAGAUCCCAGCACAGCUCAGAGUGAAGGUGUGGUUUGGUUUGGCUGCUGACGUCAAGCACUUCAACCAGUUUUCAGAGGGAAAACUCUCGGUGUUUGCAGAGACAUAUGAGAACCAAACUAAGUUAGCACUGGUGGGAAACUGGGGCACAACAGGACUCACUUACCCCAAGUUUAGUGACAUCACCGGGAAGGUGAAGCUGCCCAAGGAGAGUUUUAAACCUUCAUCAGGAUGGGCAUGGGCCGGAGACUGGUUCAUCAACCCAGAGAAAACCUUGCUAUAUGAUGUGGAUGCAGGACACAUGACUUUUAUGGAGGAAGUGUUUGAGAAUCAGAUGCGGCUGCCGGGAGGACAAUGGAUCGGCAUGCCAGAAGGUUACACAGAUGUGAAUGGAGAGAAAGCAGUGCCUAAGGACGAUAUUGAGUGUCCUCCAGGCUGGACGUGGGAAGAUGAGGAAUGGAGUAAAGAUCUAAAACGGGCUGUAGAUGAUCAGGGGUGGGAGUAUGGCAUUACCAUCCCUCCUGAUCGUCGGCCUAAGUCUUGGGUUCCAGCUGAGAAAAUGUACCACACCAAUCGACGGCGUCGCUGGAUCCGCCUUCGCCGGCGAGAUCUGCAGAAAAUGGAGGCACUCAGAAAGCAGCGUCCAGAUGAGUCGGAAAGAGAGGGUUGGGAGUAUACCUCUCUCUUUGGCUGGAGGUUCCACCUUAAGCAAAAGAAGACAGAUACGUUCCGCCGUCGCCGCUGGCGUUGCCGCAUGGAGCCUCUGGAGAAGACUGGACCUGCGGCCAUCUUUGCCUUGGAGUGCUCACUGGGCAAUGUGACUGAUGACAAAAAUGAUGACAAGUCAGUCACAACAACCUUUGGUGUCAAUCGUCCCACCAUCUCAUGCUUCUUUGAUAGUGGAACACGCUACCAUUUGCGAUGCUAUCUGUAUCAAGCUCGAGACCUGUUGGCUAUGGAUAAGGACAGUUUCUCAGAUCCCUAUGCUAUUGUGUCAUUCCUGCACCAGAGCCAGAAGACAGUGACCAUAAGGAACACUCUUAACCCAACCUGGGAUCAGACUCUUAUCUUCUAUGAGGUGGAGAUAUUCGGAGAUCCCAAAGUGACAGAGAAGAACCCGCCGAACAUCAUAGUGGAGCUCUACGAUCAAGACACUUAUGGGGCAGAUGAGUUUAUGGGGCGCAGUAUGUGCCAGCCGUCCGUGGUCUCCUCUCCUAGUCUGUCAUGGUAUCCCAUUAAGAAACGUGGCAAAGCAGCUGGUGAACUACUUGCUGCAUUUGAGCUGAUUCGCAGAGAUAAGAUUGCAAUUCAUCACAUCCCUGGUCAAGAGGGUGACUCACAUUCUCAUAUUAUGGAUGAACUUACAUUUCCAGCAGCCUUCUCUGAGGGUUUGCAGCAAUGGCCAGAAGACUCAGAUUUGCCGAACCUGCCUCCCCAGAGAGAGACAAAUGUCUUCAUGGUUCCACACGGCAUCAAACCUGUCUUAGAGCGCACUGCUAUUGAGAUCCUGGCAUGGGGGGUGCGUAACCUGAAGAGCUUCCAGCUGGCCAGUGUCACUUCCCCGAGCCUGCAGAUUGAAUGUGGAGGUUGCAUGGUGCAGUCCUGUGUAAUCAGGAACACUAAGAAGAAUCCCAACUUUGAAGUCAACACACUCUUCAUUGAUGUGCGGCUGCCCAGAGAGGAACUCUACAUGCCUCCACUGGUGAUCAAAGUGAUCGACAACCGGCAGUUUGGUAGAAAGCCAGUGGUGGGCCAAUGCACCAUACGAUCUCUGGAGGCAUACCGCUGUCUGCCUGAGAACCAGGAUGUAGAGCCCUCACUAGAAGAGCUGGAAACUAUUCCUCACACACCAAGAGAUGACAUACUGAUUGACAUUGAUGACAAGGAACCUCUCAUUCCUGGACAGCUGGCAGAUGGCACCAGUUCUGCUAUUAUUAACAUUUCGCCCUCUCGCUCCAGCCUCCAUGAGGAUGAAUUCAUGGAUUGGUGGAGUAAGUUCUAUGCCUCGACAGGAGAGAGGAAAAAGUGUGGGAGCUAUUUGGAGAAAGGCCUCGACACUCUACAGGUGUAUGACACCGAACUGGAAAAAGUUGACGGGUUUGAGCAGCUGGCAGAUUUCUGUCAGACGUUCAAGCUUUACCGCGGACGCACUCAGGAGAGUGAAAGUGAUGAUCCCUCCAUUGUUGGAGAGUUCAAGGGCAUGUUUAAGAUAUACCCAUUACCAGACAGCCCAUCUGCCCUUUUACCCCCACGCCAGUUCUGUCUCCUUCCUUCUAACGGCAUAGAGGUGUGUUUAGUCCGGGUGUAUAUUAUUCAGGCUUAUGGCCUGCAGCCCAAAGACACCAAUGGCAAGUGUGACCCAUACAUCAAAAUCACAUUAGGAAAGAAAUCAGUAAACGAUCAUGACAACUACAUACCCUGCACCUUGAACCCAGUUUUUGGAAAGAUGUAUGAACUGACAUGCUCUUUGCCCCUGGAGAAAGACCUAAGGAUCAUGCUCUAUGAUUAUGACAUGCUAUCUAAAGAUGAAAAGAUUGGUGAGACCAUCAUUGACUUGGAGAACCGCUUCCUUUCACGUUACAGUGCCUGCUGUGGCCUUCCGCAGUCUUACUGUGUAUCCGGAGUGAACCAGUGGAGAGAUCAGCUGAAACCCACCGAGCUGCUCCAUCGUCUCUGUCAAAGGAGAAACUACAAGCUGCCUGUCUACAAGCAUGACAGAGUGAUUUUCAGAGGCCAUGAGUACACCACUGCAGACCUGGAUGAGGCAAAGCCAGUAAACCCUCACCUUGGGCCAUUGGAGGAGCGGCUGGCUCUGCUGGUGUUGAGGAGACAAGGCCUUGUGCUUGAACACGUGGAGACCAGGCCUCUAUAUAGCCCCCUGCAGCCUGACAUAGAACAGGGAAGGUUACAGCUGUGGGUAGAUAUUUUCCCUAAAUCUAUGGGCCCCCCAGGAACACCUUUCAACAUCACUCCACGCAAAGCGAAGAAGUUCUUUCUCCGCUGCAUCAUAUGGAACACGAGUGAUGUGAUACUCGAUGAUGUCAGCGUCACAGGCGAGAAGAUGAGUGACAUUUAUGUGAAAGGAUGGAUGCAUGGACACGAGGGGAACAAGCAGAAGACGGAUGUACAUUAUCGCUCACUGGGUGGCGAGGGCAACUUUAACUGGAGGUUCCUCUUUCCCUUCCAUUACUUACCUGCUGAACAACUCUGUACUGUUGACAAAAAGGAGCACUUCUGGAGUUUGGAUAAGGCAGCAACAAAGAUUCCUCCUAAAAUAACCAUUCAGAUUUGGGACAAUGACAAGUUCUCCUUUGACGAUUACCUUGGUUGUUUGGAAAUGGAUCUGAACCACAUGCUGAAGCCAGCGAAAUCUCCUGAGAAAUGUGGUCUGGAGCUGCUUUCUCAGUCCCAGGACAAGCUGGUGUCUCUGUUUGAACAAAAGACAGUCAAGGGCUGGUGGCCUUGUGUGUGUGACAGACAGGGAGAGAAGAUCUUAGCUGGGAAGGUUGAGAUGACGCUGGAGAUCGUUUCCGAACAGGAACAGGAUGAGAGACCUGCUGGUCUGGGCAGAGAAGAGCCCAACAUGAACCCUCGUCUGGAAGAGCCACAGCGUCCUGAAACCUCAUUUCUGUGGUUCUCCUCUCCAUAUAAAACCCUGAGGUUCAUACUGUGGAGGAGGUUUAAAUGGUUAAUUCUGGGACUGAUCAUCCUGUUCUUCAUCCUGCUCUUCCUGGGAGUCUUUCUCUACUCUUUCCCUAACUAUGCUGCUAUGAAGAUGGUCGGGCCCUUCAGUGGACUAGGAAAUGGGAAACAAUAAGCGGGGGAAUUUGAGAAGACUCUGAAAUGAAUCUCAACAUCCUAGCACCUUAUACUGCUAUGCCAAGUCAUAUCACCUGGGCCAUUGUGUAUGAGCACACAGAUAUCCAUGCUGCUAAUACAGAUCUGUCUUCAACUUGAAUAGAGAUCAAGCUGCAAGAACAGCUUGUAUUGUAAUCUGAUGUUAGACAGAUAAGCAUUUAAAAUGAUGUGUGUUUGUGCCUCGGAUCCAGCCAUCUAUGCAUGUAGAAAUGUCUUGUAACUUGUUUGCUAACUCUGAGCUCCAUGGCCUUGUCUGUGACCUAAUGCUGAACUCCAUCUGAAUUCUGUUUCAUUUCCCCAUGUAUACUUUUAUCUCUCACUCUCUGAUUUAAACACUUAUUUCUGUAAAAGUCUGGUCUUUUCACAGCUAGCCAUGACUUUCUUAUGCCUUAACACAGAGAAAAAGAGACAGAAUUGCCUUUUCUCCUCCUGUGCCUUUAUCCCUCGCUCACCCAUGUAUCCACCCCUUUUGCUUUCAACAUGAACUGAUGCUUUAGGUUAAAGCCUGGAUUAGUCCUGUGAUCUUGUAAGGUCUGAAGCAACCUGCUUGUUAGCCGAGCUCCAGCUGUCAGCAGCCGUAUGUUUGUCUGAUAACAAAUAUCAAAUAACUAUCAAAACCUCCACAGAGACCCCUCACUAAAUGGACAUUUUGUCUUUAGCUGUAAGCUAGUUAUAUGUCUGUUUGUUUAUGUGUUUGACUGGCUGACUGAGAUACAGAAAGAUUAAGAGUUUGAGAGGGUGUGUAAUGCAUCUUCAACUGUUAAAAAGCAAAAAUAAUGUAAUGGCUGUGAUUGCCUGUGUAUUUGAAUGAGCUUAGAAUCACAUGUGUGCAUCUGGCAAGGUCAGGACUACUUUAAAGGACUCAUAAAAAGGCAAUCAGCGUGAUAAAACAUACUGACAGAAGUAGGUUAUGUGCUAUGUUCCCUACUGUGUUGAGUGAAACACAAGCUCAGGGGUUGAAGCACGGCCACUGGAAGGGUCAAUCAGAUCAUAGUGCAGGGCUCCACUGUGCUGCACCUAUUACAUAAGUCUGACCUUUGUGUGCUUUGAGGGCUUAGCAGUGUGUUUAUUCUACAGUUAAAACUACACCGUGUCACUCUGAACAGGAGGUUCAAGAGAACCAAACUAAUCCCAGUGAAUCUUCACAGAUUUCCUGGAGUGUGCCCAAAAAUGUAUAUUACAAAUAUUACUAAUUCUCAGUCUAAAGUUUGAGAGUGCUUUAAAAUUAUGACAAGGACAAGGUACUUGGGAAAGACAAGGAACCAAUAAUUAAAAAGACAAAAAUGUUUGUUUUGGGUUUGUUAGUUUCUCCUCUGUAGUCAAACUCAGUAAAUCUGUUCUAUACCUGUACUAAAGUUGUAAAAUCUGAGUCCCAACAUACUUGAAAUGGCUCAUUUUUCAGGACUACUGUUAAUAUACAUAGACAUUGUCCAUGUAAUUGAGGGUUACAAAAUGCCCAAAGAAUGACUAGCUAUUAUAUCAAUGUAAUGCCUUGCUAAUGUUACACAACAUGACAAUCUGGUCUGUUACUAUUUCUGUGAAUACAAUACUGCUGUUACUUUGAAUACAACAUGCUGCACUAUAUCUAAUCUAAUAAUGAAUGUGUUGGGAAUAUGUUGGCUUUAAUCCCUUAUAGGGAUAUGAUUACUGUGCCUAAAGUUGUAUGUGCAUCCAUUUUCAGAAAAUAUAUGGUUACAACAUAGCAAUAUACCAGUAAAAUAUAUAUAUAUGCCCA